AAAGUGUCCACCACAAGAGGAAGAAGUACAACACCAACUAUUGCUCUAGAAAAUGUCGUUCUGGGAUAAUAAUAAGGAUACGUUUAAAUCUGUUGGGAAGGCCACAGCCAAGGGAAUUGGGCGUGGAACCAAAGCGGUUUCCAAAGCUGGGUACCGAACAUACAAAAAUCAUAAGGGUGAGACAGUCACGGAGAAGACCGACGGGGUAGUCGAAGACUCAGGGUCCGUGGCGAUGCCUCCAUCGACCCCAGUGGACAGGGAGAGUCUCCGGUCAUUGCCAUUGCCUCCUAAGAGGAAUGUGGGCACCUAUGGAGUCCCUAAGGCUGGAGAGCUGUCAAAGUAUACUGCUCCUCAAUAUCAGCAACAGCCACCGCCCCAACAACAACAACAACAACAACAAUAUCAGCAGCUACCACAAGCAGUGGUGGCCCAGCCAGCUGGUUCUGGAUAUGGUGUGGUAGAAGGAGUACCACCUCCCGUUUACCAGCCGGUAGAAGCACAAGCACAAGCUCAGGUGCCUCUACCUCCACCUCCCGCAGGAGGUGCUCGAGCAGUUCCUCCACCACCACCCCCACGUAGUGGAGAACCUGUAAGUUCAGUCCCAGCUCCAGCCCCGGUUUCAGCUUCACCAGCUACCUCAACUAGCACAGGAGGGGCGUCUUUAGCAGCAGCUGCCCUUAAUGGGUACCAGAAACUCAAUGCUCAACCAGGACAAGCACCACAACAUCAAUGGACUGCAGAUGAGGCCAGGGUAGCAGGAAAGUUUGCCUCUGUGGCAUUGAAUGGAUAUCAGCAAGUUCAGCAGGCUACUGGUCAAUCUCAGAACUCUGGACAGUCUCCGGCUGCACAAGGGCAGCAAGGGAAUGUGGCUGGUCUUUCAGCUGCCUCUCAAUUUGCAAAUAUGUGGAGUUCUCAGCAGCAAGCUCAACCUCCACAGCAAGUUCAGCCUGAGCAGCAAGUUCCACCAACUCAGCAACAAGCUCUACCAGCUCAACAGCAGCCUCAGCCUGUUCAACCAACUCAACCUCAGCCUGUUCAACCAAUUCAACCUCAGCCUGUUCAACCAAUUCAAUCACUCCAGCCUACUCUACCAGCUCAACCAACUCAACAGCCAGUUCCACCAACGCAACCAACUUCCACCACUAUGGAAACUCCAACUACCCUGUCAUCUUCAAUGUCAGCCCAAUCAGUUACGUCUCCAGUGGAACCUUCAUAUACUCCAAAAUACCAAAAGGCUAAAAUAGAAACAGGUCCUUUACAAGAUCCUGCUACUUUUGCACCUCCUCCAGUGCGUAGACUCCCUGGUCAAACCCCAGCGCCUCCUUCUAGAUCAUCUACUUCUAGCUCGGUACCUGUUGCUCCAUCUGGGGUGGCUGCUGUUGCUCCACCACCACGGCCAACCAUGCCACUGGUCACUCCGGUAUCAACUCAGUUUGCUCCUCCUCCUCGGCCACAUAGGGGCGAGCCUCAGCCGGUAGCUUCCACCUCUACCAUUGCACACCCAGCUACUCCUCCACCUGCUUAUGAUGGUUUGCCUCCACCAACUGUUUCCAGGUCAACCCCUCCACCUCCGGCCAGGGCAACUCCCCCACCUCCAGCUAGAUCAACUCCCCCACCUCCAGCUAGAUCAACCCCACCUCCUCCAGCUAGAUCAACCCCACCUCCUCCAGCUAGAUCAACACCUCAACCACCAUUGAAAAAGGCACCACCUCCAAAACCUCAAAAAAAGAUACACCAAUCUCCAGAUACCUCUGCUUCUUCACCAUCUCUUCUGGAACGACCAAUUGAACCAGUUCAACCUGAACCCAUUGUAAAGCCAGCUCCAACUAAUCUGGCUCCAAAUUUUGCUCUUGAAAUUGCUGCUAGAAAGGCAAAGUCACAGCCUGUGUCACAACCUUUGUCACCUGAACCACAACCAACUUUUAAUACGGCAUCCCCUAUUCAAUCGAAACCGGCACCUCCAAAGCCAACAAAACCAUCAAAACCGAAGCCACUCGGAAAGGAGUCGUCUCAACCGACUUCUCAGCCUCAACUGCCGGUUCACACCGCAUCAACUCAAAAACCAUCCAAACCUCCUAAACCUCUCCCAAUCUCUUCUAAACUACCAAUCAAACCAAAACCAUUAAACACUGUCAAGCUGGUUUCAACCCCACCACCCCCUCCUCCAAAUCCUCGAAGAGUCACUCCAGAUAUCAGUCCUUCGCCAACCCCACCACCACCUCCUCCAGCGAGAAACUACCACAGACCACCAGCAACCAUCCCAGUGGAAACCUCUCCAUCUGUGGCAGCUCCACCUCCGCCAUCACCACCAACCCUUGACCUUGAAUUGGCCACUCUUUGGUACACAUCUACCAACUCUUCACCUUUGAAACUCCCUCAAUCUCUCACAGGACUCAAUUACUCAACAUCCUAUCAAUCCUCGGGAAUGUCGUCAACUCGUUCAAUCACCGCUAGACUCCCUGAUCUCUCGCUGCUCACAGUGUCGAUCCAUUGGCAGAAUAAUGCUCCAGGAUCAUCUGCCUAUGUCACCACUGACAAAUAUGUGCCAUCUCCGCUCAUCUAUAACACACCUCUGAAGUCUGACCUUAUUGCGUCCCAUACACAAUUUGGGAACCAUGUGGCGGCAUGGUGUGAACAUAAUUGGGACAAGCAGAUCGGGAGUGGUGAAUGUUGGGAUUUAGCUCAACAGGCUCUCCUUAAAGGUUGUGGGAAGCAUGCCUUUGUGUCGACCUACUACCAUCAUGGGUUCCCAAUUCUUGAACUUGAAGGUAGAUCUGUUGUCAAUGGACCACAUGAUGAGAUCAAAAGAGGAGAUGUAUUGCAAUUCACCAGCUGUAGAUUUGAAGGAGAUGGUGUCAUUCAGACGGUUGGUGCCCCCAACCACACCUCGGUGGUACUUUCCAAUGACGGUGGGGUAUUGACUGUGGCCGAACAAAAUGUCAAUGGGGUUCGUAAGGUUAUUCGGGGUAGUUACACCUUGAGAAACUUGACCAGUGGUCAUGUGACUGCCUAUAGACCAAUGCCGAUUUCAUGGGCUGGUGAGUAAGACAACAACACUCACCAAGAAUAGAUUAUGAAUAUAGAGAUAC